UUAGCAUUCAUUUAAAGCUUCCGUGGGCCGCUCUGAUUCAAAAGCAGAAUACUGGCUUCAUCAGAGCAUGAGCAGAAGUGACCUAACGCCACAAACAAAAUGCUGCGUAUAACUUCAGCUUUUUUUCUAGCACUUCUGCAUUGUUGCAAUGCCCAAACCAAAACCAGCCAGGCCGCUGCACCUACAGACUGUGAGACCAUUGAGACAGACGCAGGAACGGCGCUGGAUUUGGUGAACAGACAUCGCCAGGACGGCUACGUCUUCGGCCUGUUCCGUGUUGCUGAUGCACACAAACUACACACGGAAAAUUCAUCAGUCCUUUACUUAACUUUGGAUGUGCUGGAAACGGAAUGCUCCGUGUUAUCUGGAAGAUCCUGGGAGACUUGUGAAUAUGGUGAUCUCUAUGCCAUGGACUUUGGGCAAUGUAAGAUUAUCACAUAUACAAGCCAGCUGCUGAAGAAACCUAAAUUAUAUGGAUAUAAUUGCACAUUAAGUCCAGUUCCUCCCGAUUUAAUGGAGUGCAAAGAUUGUCCUGUAAGAGUUGAAGUCUUAGAAGUCACUGAGGAACAUAAAGAUCUUGCUGCAAAGCUCCUGGAAAAAUUCAACCGUGAGGGUAACCACACAAACUACUUCAAAGUCAACAAAGUUGAGAAGAUUCUAAAGGCGACUGCCUCCCGUGAAGCUCACAUUUUAGGAUUCUCUAUAAAAGAGACCAAAUGUUCCAGAGAACAGCAACAAGCAGAUGAGCCACUGGAAUGUGAAUUUCUGGAUGACUGGCAUGCUCACACAGGAUUCUGCAAGGCAAGAACUGUUAGUGAUCCAGAUGAACCCAACGGAAUAGAAAUAAACUGUGAACUCUACCAUCCCUGGCAACGUUACUACGGACAAAGAUGCAGAUCUCCAGCUCCAGGUUGGCCACACAAGCAUCCCCCUCAUCACAGACAUCAUCACAGGCAUAGAGGUCCACCGACCUUUCAGUUCAAACCUGAAGACUCUGAGCAUAACCAUGGUUUCAACAAAGAUCAUCAAGGCAGCCACGAAGAACCACCUCCUCCCUGCCAUGGUAGACAUCAUCACCACCCUCACCCUCCACACCACGGUCUGGCUCCUUCCCAGGAAGAACCAGAGCACCCCUCUUCCACUCCUCCUCUUAUUCAAGAGAAAUCUGAUUUUCCUCCUUCUAUUCCUCCUCCCUAUGAUGAACAACAUAGUCCUCCCCCUCCUCCCCAUCAUGGACCACACUGCCCUCCUCCUCAUGGACAUCAUCACCCACACCAUCCUCCCCAUCAUGGGCCACGCUGUCCUUCUCCUCAUAGACAUCACCACCCACCUCCUCCUCCCCAGGAGGAACCAGAGCACCCCUCUUCCACUCCUCUUAUUCAAGAGAAAUCUGAUUUUCCCCUUUCUACUCCUCCUCCCUAUGAUGAACAACAUAGUCCUCCCCCUCCUCCCCAUCAUGGACCACACUGCCCUCCUCCUCAUGGACAUCAUCACCCACACCAUCCUCCCCAUCAUGGACCACACUGCCCUCCUCCUCACGGACAUCAUCACCCACGUCAUCCUCCCCAUCAUGGGCCACGCUGUCCUCCUCCCCAGGAGGAACCAGAGCACCCCUCUUCCACUCCUCCUCUUAUUCAAGAGAAAUCUGAUUUUCCUCCUUCUAUUCCUCCUCCCUAUGAUGAACAACAUAGCCCUCCUCCUCCCCAUCAUGGACCACACUGUCCUCCUCCUCAUGGACAUCAUUACCCACACCAUCCUCCCCAUCAUGGGCCACACUACCUUCCUCCUCAUGGACAUCAUCACCCACACCAUCCUCCCCAUCAUGGGCCACACUGCCCUCCUCCUCAUGGACAUCAUCACCCACACCACCCUCCCCAUCACGGGCCACACUGCCCUCCUCCUCCCCCCCCUCCAGGACACCAUCCUUACCUCUAUCAUCACUAUCACAGGCAUCAUUGCAACAAGACACGCACAUCUGGAAAGUACUUUCCAUUCCAAGUAACUGGAUCUGUCUAUCGCAUUCCAGUUCUAAAUAUGCAAGAUUCUCUCACACCUCCCAGUGCAAAAUUUCCUGACUUAUCACUUCUUGGCCCUCACAGUGCUGGCACUGAUGAAGGUACUCCCUUCACUGACUCAAGUCUAAGGGAGAUGCCAGAAGCUCCACAUUUUCCAGAUCACCCUUCACAAUCUAAGUCAUGCCCAGGAAAACCUAAACUUGAUCUUCCAAACAUUUUGCCUUUACUUCCACAUAAGUCCAUGGCAGAAAGUCUUGAAUGACCCCAGAGAAAGAUAUUCCUGACUUGAGGGUUGCAGGGCAUAUGACCAAUGCACAGUGAAUAAUAAAAGCAUAUGGUAAAGGGGGAAAAGCAUACAAUUUCCAGGGAGGAGAAGCACCGACAUUACUGAUGAAGGCAAGUAUUCCUUUGUUUCUUGAUCCCAGCUAUCUCAGACUCCACUAUGACUGAAAGAUUCAAAAGUCUGAAUCUCUCAAAUAACGUGACUGGGUAGAAAUUUCAAUCAGUUGAACUGAAAAGGAAAACUCCCUAACAGUGAAAACUAAAACUCUUCAUUUUGUCAUAGUUCUUAACUGUAAUGUACUUCUCUGAGGAAGUAUAAUCAUCUUCCAUUAAAAAAAAAAAUCCAUGGCACUACAUUACACUUCAUAAAAAUCCAAAGAAAAUAAAAUCAUGUAAUCAUUUCUUCCUUGA